UAUUUCCCUUUUUUUCCUUCUGAUUUCAUCUUGCUCGCCAUCAUUGGCAUUGCUGAGGUACGCUCUUCAACUUCUCAUCUGACGUUUGUUGCUUUCUCAAAUGAUCUAUGUGCAUGCGGUGUGUUUAUGACAUUUUCGUGUGAAAGAGACGAAACUUGAUCUUUGUUAAUUGGCAUAGUAGAAGCUGGGAGGAGCUAUUCUUCAUGUAUUGGUGUCGUUUUCUCAUAGUUGUGUGGGAAAUUUCACAUUUUGAAACCAUCAAGAAGAAUGAUGGACAAUUCGGUUUUUCUUUAUCUUACCGCUUUUCUUUAUACCUGGGUUUGGAUUUGCAAUAAAUGCUGCAAUUUUUUUUUUUACUUUUUUUUUAUUUCUGAAUUAACAAAUAGACGCUGUAAAUUUACUUACUGUGCAGAUCAUGGUUGAUCCUUGCUUGAGUAACUUUUGUGGAGGAUUGGAAUCAGCGAUUGUGAAAUACUUUUGGAAAAAAUUAAAGACACACACUUCUUAUUUUAUAUAUUGUAAAAAGAAAUUUGAGAAAUUCAAACAGCAGUUUGAUCAUUUAAAGGCCAUCAGGGAUGGGACACAACAAAAAGUAGAGGCAGCUAAAAGGAACAAUGAAGUUAUCAGCGAUGAAGUCAACUUGUGGCUAAACGAUGUGCUUGAACUGGAGGAGAAGUUUAAUAAUAUCGAAAACAACUUCAACAGGAUAGUAAGGGAUGAGAAAUGUUGCAUCCCUAAUUUGGCGCCUCGUUAUAAGGUCGGAAGGGACGCUACCAAGAAAAAGGCCGAAGCAUCAGAACUUCUAGAUAGAAAGAACUUCCAGGUUUUUUCUCAUACUAUUGAUCCAUCAAAUCUUGGUCAUUCUUCGAACAAAGACUUUGUGAGCUUUGGCGCCACCAAUGAGGCAAUGCAAAAGGUUAUCGAUGCACUGAAUGAUGAUAAAGUGAAUCUGAUUGGAAUAUAUGGCAUGGGUGGUGUAGGCAAGACUACAUUGAUGGAAGAAGUAGGCAGAAAGAUGAAAGAAGCAGAAAUAUUUCAUGUGGUAAUAGAUGUUGUUGUGUCACAUAAUCCAAACAUAGCUCAGAUCCAACGCGAUAUUGCUGAUCAACUGGGCAUGCGUGAAUCCUCAAAUAAGAUGUUGACCACUAGGUUGAAGCAGGAGAAGAAAGUUUUGAUAAUGCUGGAUGAUGUUUGGGCACGACUGGAGCUAGUUAAGGAAGUUGGGAUUCCAUACCGAGAACACAAGGGUUGUAAAGUGAUGCUUACCUCCCGCAAAGCUGAAACAUGUAAUGUAAUGGAAGCUGAUGUCUCAGUGGAAGUUGCCAACUUGUCCGAAGAAGAUUCAUGGCAACUUUUCAGAAUGAGAGCAGGACAAGUUGCUGAAUCUGAUGGCAUAGAACUGGUUGCAAGAAAGGUAGCACGAGAAUGUUGUGGUUUGCCGCUGGCAAUUGCUGUAGUGGGAAGGGCAUUACGAUCUUACAAGGAUGCAAGUGCUUGGGAAGAUGCCUUGUCCCAACUCAAGCAAUCCGUUCCUUUACACAUGGAAGAGCUAGAGGAAAAAUUGUUCAAACCACUAGAACUAAGUUAUCAAAAUCUGAAGACUGCUGAACUAAAACAACUGUUUCUCUACUGCUGUUUGUUCCGUGAGGACUAUGACAUCAGUGAGGAUGAAGUAACUCAAUAUGUAGUGGGAGAGAAUUUAUUGAGUAAUCUCUCCACUUUAGAAGACGUACGCGGCAGAGUGCAUUUUUUGCUCCAGAAACUGAAACUUUCAUGUUUAGUGCUUGAUAGUAAGAAAGCCGGGUGUGUGAAGCUUCAUGAUGUGGUGCGAGAUGUAGCUAUAUAUAUUGGCUCCAAGGACAACAACCAUUUUCUUGUUAAAGCUGGACUUGGCCUUAGAGGUUGGCCGGAGUGCAAGAACUUAGCAGAUUGCAAGCGAAUUUCACUCUCAAACAAUUUCUUACAAAAAUUUCCCGAAAAACCAAAUUGUUCCAAACUAAUUCUGUUGUUGCUGAAUAUGAACCCAAUUACUAGUGUGCCAGACAAUUUCUUUGAAAACAUGGCCACACUAAAUGUUCUUGAUUUUAGUAAUACGGACAUUACUUCUUUACCUUCCUCAUUGACAUGCUUAAAAUGUCUAGGAACUCUCCGUUUAGACAGAUGUAAAUGGCUGAUCGAUAUAAAUGUUGUCGGGGAACUAAAGACUCUCAUAAUACUUACCUUGCAGGAAUGCAGAGGUAUUAGUGCAUUACCGGAAAGUCUAUAUUGUCUGGUUAAGCUAAAGCUUUUGGACUUGUCGAAUUGCACAAUGCUGCAGAUACCCAGAAAUUCGAUACACAAGUUAACUCAACUCGAAGAACUUUACUUGAGAGGCUACAAUGUGACUGAAGCACUACUAGUUGAGGUUGCAUCUUUGAAAAGCUUGGUCAGGGUUGAGUUGUAUGUCAAGUACGCUAAAGAUUUUUCUGAACAAAUUAUUCCGGCCGAUUCUUACAAAGUCUUGCGCCACUUCAUUAUAUAUAAUGAGUCAGAUCGGUUUUCACUGGCUUCUAAAUACCAGAGAAACAUUUUUAUAAAGCAAGCAAACCAUUCGAUGAUCAGUUGGGGUAAGCCUUUUCUCAGGAGAGCCGAAGAAUUGAGGCUCGAUAGUUGCCAGUGGAAUUUCACAGAUCUGAUACCCUUAGAGAACUUGUCUUGCUUUGCCACUCUGAAGUCUUUGCUCAUUGUGAACUGCCGUCAAAUCCAAUGUCUUCUACGGUCAACUGAUGAUACUCCAUCGAAUGCAUUUGGCGAGCUCAUGAAGCUAACCCUUUUGGACAUGGAGAAGCUGGAACAGGUUUGUCAUGGCCAGCUUCCUGCUCAUUCACUCGGAAAAUUAAGAACACUUGAAUUAAGAAGGUGCAGAAACAUUAUUGACAUUUUGCCACAAGACUUGCUUGUGAGAGUGCAUCAAAGUCUAGUAGAGCUUCUUCUUGAAGGAUGUCCCGGGCCACAUGUACUGCUAAAUUUUGAAGGGCUUGGGCAUGAUUCCGUUAUCUUUCCGAAACUGCAAAUGAUACGACUAUCUCAGAUGUCGAAUCUAAUCAGUUUCUGCAAUGGAGUUGUUCCUCUUGGAAGCUUGCAUAACCUCACUACUUUUGAAGUUGUUAAUUGUAAAAAGUUAUUGAAUCUGUUCUCGCAGACAUUGGACGCAACUCAUUCACGAUUACUACCAUCUGAAACUUUUAAGAAAUUGAAGCAACUACAGAUAAUGGGAUGCCCAUGCCUCAAACAUGUUUUCUUGCCAAGCAUUGCAAAUGAGCUUCAUAGCCUAGAAAGAUUGGAGAUAAAUAAUAACGGCUCCAUUGAGACUAUUAUCGCUGACGAAGAUGGUUGUGAUUUGAAGAAGGGGGCUUUCCCCAUGCUCAAGAAAGUGGUGUUCAUCAAAUUGCCCAGGCUAAGAUAUUUCUUCGAAGGAGAACCGACAAAAAUCUUGGAUUGGCCAUCAUUAGAGUACAUCCACGUCGUUGAGUGUUGGAACCUAGCAAGACUGCCCAUUGAACGUGGGAGCUUCCAGAAGUUGGAGAAUGUGCAUUUUGUAAGAUUUGACAAUGUCAACUGGUUCAAAACAUUAAAAUGGGAAGAUCAUACAACCAAGUCACGCUUUGACAUCAUUCAAUCCAUCAAUGAAGUCAAGUAGACUCCAACUUUGAAAGAUGAAUUCUUUUUGUGAAGUGUGAUGAUUCUUCUUGCUCUCUUACAAGAUUUGGCAGCCAUUUAAAUCUCUAGAUUUGUGUUUUAAAAUUGGGUG